AUGUCGAUGACUACUACGACAGCUUCGACACCGAAGAGGAAGCCAUCGAGCGAACCAGAGAGUUUGGGAGUGGGUGGUGGCUCCAAAGAGUCAAUCCAUUCGAACCAAGACAAGGUGACGGAUUACGAACGAGUUCGCGGCAUCAUGUGGGACACAAAGAACGACGUGUUUUCCUUUUGCGGUACCCACAAACGCAGCAGCUACAGAGGAAGAACCACCAAAGAAAAGGGGAGUCCUGAGCACGGUCAUGUCGCUGUUCGAUCCAAUCGGCCUGUUGGCUCCAUUACGGUGUUAGGAAAGAUGCUCAUGCAAGACCUGUGGCGAGCGGGUUGCGACUGGGACCAGCGAAUCGGCGGGGAGUGCCUGGACGGGGAGUGCCUGGCGACACUACAUAUCUUCAGUGAUGCCGGGGAGAAUGCGUACGGAAGCGUCGCGUAUCUACGGAUUUGUGUGGAAAAUACCGUAAAAUGUUCGUUGGUGAUGGCUCGAUCGAAAGUAGCACCGAUAAAACUUCUUUCCAUUCCACGGCUUGAACUGAAGGCAGCAGUCUUGGGAGCGCACCUGAGUUACACCGUUAAGAAUAACCAUUCCCUUCCUAUUCACCAGAUCUUCUACUGGAGUGAUUCUCGUAUCGUUCUCUCCUGGAUUCAAUCCGACCAACGUCGUUAUCAGCCGUUCGUCGGCUUUCGAAUCGGAGAAAUUCUGAGCCUCUCUAAGCUGACAGACUGGCGCUACGUUCCGACCAAGCUAAAUGUAGCAGAUUCGCUCACCAAAUGGGGUCGUCUUCCGGAUCUUUCGAGCGAAGGUUUAUGGUUUCGUGGCCCGGAGUUCCUGUACCAGCAGCCGUCGGAAUGGCCUCAACAGAAUCUUCCCGCUGCAAACACAAGAACGGAAAUCAAAGCAAUACACCUAUUUCACGGCGUUGAGCUUCCUGUUUGCUUUAUCGACGUGACCAGAUUUUCGAAGUGGAAUGUUGCUGUUCGCACAGUUGCAUGCAUUUUCCGAUUCAUCCCCAACUGA